GUCAACAGUGAUCGAAGUAGAUAUUGCUUGUUGUUGAUCUCGAUGUAACUAGACGGACGCAACAAUGUACAAAAAUAAAAGAUAUAGAUCUAGUAAACAUAUUUCCAAUGUACAAUCAUCAGUGAAUCAGUCUAAAUCAGUGUUAUCCCCAAUCGUGGAGAAUCAUCCCCCAAAGCAAAGAAGAAUAGAACAUGCAGAUCCGAAGGAAUAUGUGCAGGCACAGGAAGAAAACAAUGAGGAAGACUUGCUUGGAAGUCAGGAGCCUAUUCCUGCUAGUCAGCCACCUACUCAGAGGCGUUACUUAUCGCAGCGAAGUACAUUAUGUCGCACUCAGUCAAAGACGAUGAACCGAGCGCCAAAUUCGUACUUUGAGAUGGUUUUGAUGAAGGCUGGCGCAGAAUUAGACGAUCCGGAAAGCUACAUUCUAUCUUGUGAUCAUUUAACAUUUGUUAACCGUUUUCGUAAUCAACUGAAAAAUCACCAAGACUUCCCUAAUAAUGUAAAGACAUUCAUGGAAGGGCUAGAAGAAGUGAUUAAAUCUCAUUCUACGUUAGUGAAACUCUUGAGUGGGUGCGUUAUUAGCAUUCCCGGCGUUGAUACAACUAUUCCAUCGCAAGACAGUUUAAUGUUAAAUUUUCUCAUGGUGGAAUUUAUACAGAAAGAAAUAAUAGAAAUAUUAACAUCAAAACUUUUGGAAUUAGCUAAAGAUGACAAGCAUUUGAAUUCAGAUCCACCAUUGCUCCCCCUGAUCCUAUCUCAGUUGAAAUUUGUGGCUCCCCUCCACGGUGAGUUGCUAUAUGGGAAGAUAACGGACAUCUAUAAGUGUGCCACGCCAAGAGCUAGGAGCGAAAUAACAUCUCAAAUUGAGUACGUUUUGAGUCCAUCACAUCACGAUGCAUUUGUCGAAUUUUUGAUGAACAACAUUGCAUCUACCGACGAAUUUUUGAAUCCUCAAACAGUAGAAACGUUCACGAACAUGUAUCUGACCACAAAAAUUCAGACGAGGAUAAGAAAUAAAAUCUUAAAUUAUAUGAAAAAUGGGUGCCAAACAUUGUUGUACCCGACAUUCACUAAAUUCCUCCUCAAACCUGACUGUGAAGAUGAUGAAGUUCUGCCCAUUCUUAUCAAUGACUUAAGAUGUUCGCUCAAUUUUCAAGUGGAGGAAAUUACUGAUGAGUCGAAAAAAAUAGAAUUAGACACAUUCUCAAAUAUAAAACAAGCAUUGACGAGGUCAAAAAAAAUAUUCGACACGUGGCAAAAGGUGAUUCAGAAAGUUCCAGCAAGAGAGCUAAGGUCUAUUGAUUUCAUGGUGUUAAUUAUGCUGAUGUCCACUAGAGAAGACCGGUGUAUUUAUAUCGAAAAUUUGAUACGUCGACGCAUCAAAGCAGAACAUUUUACCGUGGACACCAUUAUUAAAGUUCGCAAGGAGUUGCCGGCUGUUUUUGAUCAACAUGCUGAAAUUGUUUUAAUGAUGCUCCACACAUUUUUGAAAGAAAAAACACACCUUGUGUCUUCAUUUGCUAAAAACUGCUACAAAAUUGUGUUCAUAAUAGAUGAUAGUUAUCAGAAGAAAAUUUUACUGAAUCUCGUGGAGUUAGCAUGUAAUAAAUCACUUCCAGAUUCAACAACCUUAGCAAUUGAAGUUCUCAAUGAGUUGAACACUUUGUACAGCAAGGAAAUGCAAAAUUGUGGUCUUCUUCUUUUGCCACUUUUAGAUCGAAUUUCAGAAUUCAGUUUGAAACAGUAUCGAAUGUUAAUGGAAUUGCUUUGUUUAAUAGCAUAUCCUCCACCUCCUUUAAGCGAAAGUCAACUUUUGCAAGAUCACAUUGAUAUGCUUGUGAAGAAGCAAAUUAUAAAUCGUAAUCGGGAAGUUAAAAAACAAGGAGUUAUUGGUACAGUACAGCUAAUAAAUCAUAUUAUACGAACAGAGGAUAUUGGAAGUGCAGAGAGUAUUUACGAUUUGGAUGCAUCAUAUGACACUGUUGAACAACUUCCUGAUGGUCGAGCAAAAAUAGCCGCCAACUAUAUUGGGCGAAUAUUUGCGACUACAGUAUAUUGUCCAGAUACCUUGGGACUGUUCUAUGACGAAAUGGCAGCUAUCUGUUCUCCUUCUAACUCUGAAAAGAAUAGAAAAUUAAAGCCAAUAGACAGACAUUUCCUCAUCUGGUUCAGUGACCUAACGACAAAUUAUUUUCAAAAUUUUUUUAUUGUGGAAGAAACGCCUAGUGAAAAAUCCUUAGAAAUGGCUUAUGAGCAUUGUAUCAACGAUCCCGAGGAAGAUGCAAGCGUGGAUAGUGAAUUAAUUCCAAUUGCCGUUAACAUUGGGGGACAAUGCUUUAAGCCUGAAGCGGACUCUGCUCAGUCCGUUACUGUUUUACCAUCGAUGUUCAAUUUGGUUCGGACGUUGCAUUUCCUUCGCUAUGGGGGAAAUCUAGAAUCAAUAAAUGCUUUGCUUGGGUGCGCCGUUAUUAUUCCGAAAUUGCCAGCGUCAAUAGCAGAUUUUGAUAUUUUCGAAGAGUAUGAUGAUUCAACAGCCAGGAAUAUCUUAAACGUUUACUUUUAUCUCAUAAAUUGGUUCCGUGAAACAAUCAGUGCAUUUGCAAGUCAAGACCAGCAGAUGAUCCGCAAAAAAAUUCUUUUACGAUUGUCCACGUUAAUACAACUGGAAAUGGAAUUUCAACAUGCUUCAGCUAAAUUUCCAGCAGAUUAUACACUACCAGUCGUAAAUUUUAUUGUGGACUCCGAAACAGAUAAAAUUUUCAAAAAACCAAUUGGAAAACCCAAAAAGGCUACAAAGCCAAAGUCGAAAUCGAACAAUAACAACAAAACCUUCAAUGAGAAUGUAGAAACAGAGGGAAUGUCAAUUUUAGCAACGACCAGGUCACAAAAUGUUAGUGGAGGAGGAGUUCAAGCAAAGAAUUCAAAAAUUUCAUUGAAUGGAUCUGAGGCAAAUGGAAUGAUUUACAGACAAAUGGAUCCAGAUAUUAUGUUGCUUCUACGAGAAAGGUUGAUUACUAGUUAUCCUAUGCCAUCUGAUUGUCUAGGCUCUUGCAUUGGUCUUUUGGAAUUCAAAUUUAUAAUGUCCGACCUUGUGAAUAAGCUAGAAUCUGUUCCCGGAAUCCGGAAGCUCAACCAACGCCAAACACUCCAAUUAAUAAAUUAUCCAGCUGAUUUAGUGAAAGAUAUAGUACGAUUUCUUCCCAAAAUAAUAGACCAUUUCAAACAGCUUCUAGAAAAAUUGAAGAAAUCCGUAGAAGCUGUAAAAGGUGCAUAUGGAAAUGCAGAUCUAUUCACAACUGAAUUGAAUUAUACCAAAAUGUGCUUUGGUUACUGCUUGCAUUUAUUCGCAGCGUUAUUCUCGUGGUCUGGGUUUGAUGAUGAAUCAGGAAAACCAAUUUUAAAGGACAUGCUGAGGAACCUUAACAAUUAUUCAGUGUUUGGAGCAACGCCAGAGAAAAGCAUUGAAGAAUUGGCAACGAUAAGUUUGAAUAAGUUUCUUGCGAUCGAAGACGCCAUUAUCGAUAUUAACUCUGCCGUACAUCUCUAUCAUGUUGUUACUUCAGUGAAACGGUUUGCAAAAGACUUCGAUGCUGCUAUGCCUAUAAGAAAAUUAUGUAAAAAUUUUCUGUGCAGAAAAUGGUAUGGGUAUGCAGGAACUAUGGAGAAAGGUGCACAGUGCAAUCUACUAUUGAAUGAAUUGUUAAUAGGAUUUUUAGCCGAUUCAGACUAUAAAAGAAUGAAAUCAGUAUUGAAGCUGGUAAUCGAGGAAGUGAAUUUCUUGAAAAAGAAAGAUGACUGUCUGAAAAUGUUCCCAAAUAUCCAUAAAGCUAAUUUUCCGAUGCUAUUCAGAUGUCUUUGUGAAUGUUUAAUUAAUGUGGUACGAGAAUGCAUCUCUGAAUAUACGGCACCCAAUCUGCUGAAGAAGUGGGGACAAAGCUGUGAACUUCAGAAUAUGGUACUAGAAAUUGUGAAAUCCUUAGAUAUUCCACGAAAUUUUACACUGUUUUUGAAGCAUGCUCAUGUUUUUGUAAAAGCGUUUUUACAACAUGGACUUCCGGUAUUUGAACGUGGACUUCGAAGGGAUACCGAGCGUGCCAACGAACUUCUGAAAAUGCUUCAAGUGACUACUCGGUUUCUGCACAACUUAUGCUGUCAUUCCAAGGCAAUAAAGAACACAGCAAUUGUUGCUCAAAUUCCGGCUUUACGAGAAACUAUUGAAACCCUAGUAUUUCGUGUGAAAGCUGCAUUGGCGGCGAACAACUGUUCGGCUGUUUUCUUCAUGGGGAAUCUGAAAAAUAAAGACUUGCAAGGAGAUGAAAUUCGAUCACAGACUUCUUCAUUGAGUGUUUCCAAUGAUGGAAGCGACGACGAACUGCCAGAUGAUAGUACAGUUGAUGAAUCCAUUUUGAAUGAAGAACCAGCACGGAACGAAAGUAGAGCAACCAGAUCGUCUUCUCGCCCUAAUACUUCAAGAAGUAAUUGUUUCUAAAUUACGGAACAAACCCGGUAUACCGUAAUCUGAUAGACCUAAGAGAAUAUAGUUGGUUUCCAAUGAAGUUUGUGAUUUUGUUUGUGAAAUAAAUUACCGAAUUCUGAUUUUUAUGUAACAUGUAA